CCCAAGGCAAUCGUUCCAAUCCACAUAGCAUGGUAGCGGUUAGGGGGAAGCGACACCCGAGUGACUUCCCCACAAAAGAGUUUUCAAACCCAAUCACCUUUGCUUUCUUUUAUUUCAAUUAGCAAACCUUUUAAACCAAAGUUUAGUUUCUAGAUAAUUAUUUCAACAACGGAAGUAGGGAUAGAAGGACCGACCCAGGUCAAUAUCUAAAUACUUGCCAUAUACUACACCCGAUUAGAGUUUAAAAACUUGGGCUCUAAUUGGGGUGUUAGUGUGGUGUAGUUUCGUGCGAGUCACGGGCGUGAUCCUAACAACUAUCCCACUAACCUUGCACCGACUCCAUUUUUUGGCUCGUUUUGACCACCAAAUUUCUCGAAACUCGUCACGAACUUUCCACACCUACUAAGACCUAAAAUGUGAAAAAGAAGCUCAACAUAGCGUCGAAUAGGUCGAGGAACGAUGAUUACAAAGUUAAACAAUCAAGAUAUGAAGGGGUAAAACAUGUAUAAAUGCGCUCGAAUCAUUGUUAAAAUUCAUCUAUUUGAAAAAUGAAUAAUUGAACAGUUAAAAGCGAAUAAGAAUUGUUAACUCUUACCACUUUCAUAAUCAAGUUGGUCUGAUCUUAUUUAUCAUCAAAUUUGUAUAUAUUCUUAUCACUUUAAUAUCUUAUCCAAUCUUCAUCAGAAAUUAAGACCUCUACAAUGAUGGGAUUCAAUGAAGAUCUAAACAGACUAAGCACUUGACCUCCCAAACUGAAAAAGACCUUUGAGGCAACACAGGAGAUUGGAACAACUAGGAUAUCCUUAACCAUCUUUAAAAGAAUGGGAUAUCUAAGAUUUUUCUUACUCCACAAUAAUUUGUCAAACUUCCUAUCAUCAUCUUUAGGGAUGGCAAUGGGUCGGGUUGUGAAAAAACCGGGGUAAAACCCACUGGGUUUAAAAAACUCAAACCCAAUCCGCUGGGUAUCCGUGGGUUCAAGGGUACCCACAGGGUUUUUUCGUAAGAAAUUUGCAAUAACAAGUUCCUAUCAAAAUUAAAGUCAAAUAUUAAUCUCUCAAUACAAAUUAUCCAUAUAUAAAACACCAUUCUAGAAAAUUCAAGCAAAUCACAAAUUAACCAUACAAAUUGUUCAAAACCAAUCUAGAAAACUCAAGAAAGUUGAAGCAAAUCACAAAUUACCCAUAAAUAACAUGAUUAAUUGAAAGCUUAUUCGUUUCAAUUAAGUUUCUUCACUCUCCACUCGAUAACAUCAACUUCAUUCUACACAAUUUGAAAGAAAAAAUAUACCGAGAAAAUUAACUAUAUGGGUGUGGGUGGGUACCCAUGGGUCGGGUUUACCUAAACCCAAACCCAACCCGGUGAAUAGUGAACGGGUUUAAACCCAAACCCCACCCAAAACCCGUCAAUACGGAUUUUACCCGCGUUGACCGGGUGGGUACCCGUGAGUUCGGGUUUUGUUGCCAUCCCUAAUCAUCUUGCUCAUUAAUAGCAUCAUCAACAUCUCCUAAGUAGAUGUCCAACUCAGAACGUUUGUUAUAGAGCCUACUAGUAUGUACACCCAAAAUUUUCAAAUUUUGAGAGCUCCAACCAACCUCUUUGCUUAAAAUAUGUUUCGUUGCUUUGAAUCUACCUUGCUUGAUUGCUUGUGUGUUAGGUGAUGAGGUGAGUGUAGCGCUAUGGAUGAAUUGAUUUGAAGUUUGGAUUGAUUGAUUCCGUUAUGUGUCUAUAGGUUUGUGCAUGACUAGUGAUUUUAGGUUGGUUUGUAUGGUUGUAAACUUUGAUUCAUAAGUUUAGGUUGAUUUAAUGAAGAUCGACUAUGUGCCUUCCCACAACUAAGAUUUUUACAAUCAAAUAAAGUGGUUUAUAGUUUUUAAGUUUACAUGUGAGGAGUUGAUUAGAUGUUUUCAAAUAAAAAUCCCAAGUAUUAGACUGCAAAAAGUGACUAAUCUCGAUCGGUCGCCAGUUAGAGUGUGAUUCACUAGGGGGACCCCACUUAGUUUCUACUCACUAUCAUUCGAAGGUUGGUCUUGUAGCCCCUCCACAUGGGCUGAUGUAUAUGUAGGAGGAAAGAGCACAAAAAAUUAGCACUCCUACUUUCCCCAUCAUAAACAUAAACAAAGUUUUCAAAAUACUACAACCCCAAAGUAAAAUCUCUAAAGAGAUUAAAAGUUGAUGGCAAAGUGAGAAAAGAAUCGUAGAGAGCAUUCAUUCGGUCAACUCGUAUCGAUAAUUGACUUGUGCACCAUACACAUAUCUACCAUCACUUAAAUGCAUUGGCCUUGGGAAUUCCUGACUGAAUUAGACUCACCAAAUGGAAACUCGACGCAUCGAAAGUUGCUAGGAAGUUGAUAAAAUUGAAUCCUGAUGAUUUACAUUGCAUGAUAAUGGUUAGGAAGGGUAGAGUUGCACAGUUGAAGUGUGGGGAAAUUUGAUAACACUCAAAUUGUUGUUAUUUAUCCUUCCAUUUCUUAAGUGUUUGCAUGCAAUAAUCGUCAUCACUUGCCAUUUGAAAUUGAUUUAGUGCUAUAUUUGCUUCUUAUCCUCAUACCCUAAGACUUUAUAAAUCUUUUAUCUUAUGCUUUUAUGAGUGGAAUGCGCAACCUUUCCUGUCCUUAUGAGAUAGAUGUUUGAUACAUGAGAUCACUAAAGUCUAGAAUGAAUGUUAUGAUCCAUAGAGCGUAGUCGCUUUUUAUUAUAUAGGGUUCCAAAAGGUUGUUUGGAGCCCACAAAAUUUAAAAAUUUUGGGUGUACAUACAAGGCCCCAAGCAAUAAUCAUCAUUCAACAUCACAACACUAGGCAAGCAAAACAUGAUAUCCAUUCACAAUUAACAAAUUUAAGCAUAUGGAUACGUUCAAGCAUUUGUAAACAAGUAUACUAAACAACACGAUGCUUAAAUCAAAGAUUGUCCCCAUGUGCAUAAGACAAGGUAGGUUAAAAAGGUGAAGAAAGACGGAUGAAGGUUCGUUUUAGGCUCAUGGAAGUGGUUAGAUCACACAUUAAGAGAAGCACACAUCCACGAGAUAUCUAUUUACUACUAAGCUAGAAAACAUUAAGUGAAAGGAAAAAAGAAGAAAAACUAAGGUUGGGUUUCCUCCUAACAAAAGCUUCAUUACUGUCAUAAGCUAUGGUGUUCAAAGUUCGAUCCAUCUCAAGACCUCUUUGAAAUUGAGAUUCUCAUCGGUGAUGUGAUGUCUCAAGCCCCGAGAAUUUGGUACGAUUAUGAUUGAUGGCUCGUGGACUUGAUUGAUCUCGAGGUUCUACCAUCGAUACCUCUUCUUUCCUUCUUUUUUCUUUUUUGACCCAAACCAUGUAAUAUACUGAUUAAUAAUGAUUGCAUCCACCAAGAGAACUUCCCCUUUUUCACUUUUUCUUCCUCUAAGACCUCGUGAAUGUUCCCUUCUCUAUCCAUUUAUUCUUGUUGAAUGUGAGCAUUGAUGUUCCUCCAAGAAAGUUCCUCUAUUGGUGGAUCAAUGAGGUCAACUUAUUUGUCCACCUUCUCGAGUACCUCUUACUCCUCUUCUACUUCCCCUUUCUUCUUGUUGAUGAUGAAUAAGGGGUCUUGAAUGAGUCUUGAAUAAAUUUGUUCAAGAUCUCUCUUCUUCUCCAACCUCUUUAUCAUCUCUUCUUGUUUGAUGAUGAAGUCUUGAGAAGGAAGGUCGAGACUUCCUUCCCUUCAGUCUCUACAAUGUUGAGCUUCUCUUCCUCCAAUUUAUGGUUGAUAAUUAACUUUGAUGCAGAACCAGCCUCGAGGAAGGUCAUGAUCACUUGUAUCCACUCACUCUUUUGGAAUGUUGAAGCGCCCGGAUGCUAACUCCUAUGUGCUCUUGGGCUCUGUGGUGGUUGAUGAGAGACGCACAUAUACAUUGGAUUGACAUUAAUGAUUGCAGUGUAUGUUUUGUGGUGAAAAUGCUUGGAUUUGGUUUGAAUUAACCAUGGAAUGGCCUUUGUGUCAUUACCAAGUGUGUGGUGUGUUUUUACCAUUUUUAGUGCCACUUUUACAGAAAAAAGAUUUGCACAGGUAGAACUAAAAUGCACAGGCACAACAGAAACUUCCAUAGACAUGCUAAAAACGAGUCGAACCAAUAAUCAAUACAAACCAACAAGUUCUAGUCAACUGUCACAACCUUAUUGCGCAGCCACAGAACCACUGGGCCCGGGCUCAUCUUCCUUGUCCGUCUGGGACCAGAGGCCGCGCUGAAUUGGAGGGGAGGCUUUCUCAAUUUGUUGGACGAAAGCAGAGUUUUUUUUUCCAGAGUAACCCUUGCGGAUUAACCAGAUAAACGUGAAUGUAGCCACAUACAUUAUGGACACAUCACGGACUCAAAGACAUACCAAAUAAGAGAAAUCAAACAUGUAAGCAGGUAAACCAGGAUAGCGUAAGGUCGUAUGUGCCACACAAUGGGCAGUCUGAUUCGCUUCUCGAGGUUCGUAAACCAAAUUCACACAUAGGAAAUGAGAAAGAAGCGACGACACUUCCCGUAGAAGGGCCCUAGAGAGGGCAUCAUUAUUGUCACCAUCCACCAGUUGCCUCACCACAUUUGCAGCGUCGCUGGAGAUAUGUAACCGGCCGUUAUGCCAUUGCCAACGAAAGGUGAAGAGUUUCCCGGAUUACCAAAAUCUACAUAAGUUGGGGUCGUGUAACCCAAAAAAUACCCGACCAAAAGCAAACAGCGGCGAGACCCCAUCAGCAGCAAAACCCACCAAGCCAAUGGCAUCAUACGUCGGCGAAUUAGUUGCACCAUCCAUCGAUAUUUGAAACCCAAGAGUAGAUGAUCGACCGUGAUCCGAUAUGUUGGGAGUAAGGGAACGUGAGGCUGGCGGGUCGGUGGUGGCAAUAUGAUGACCCGCAAAAUGUGAUAGCAACUGCCGGUGAAGGAUAGGGAUCGUAAACUGGGCAUGAGGAAGGAAAACAACAUUAUCACAGACCUUCCAGAGGCGCCAAAAAAGGAGGGUCCAACGCACAUUAAGAGAGUGAUCGGCGUGGAGAAUUAGCCAGUGCCAAAGUAUAGACAUGUGUGUUUGAAUCGUGAUACCAACCGGUAAUUAGGGUUGGCAAUGGGUCUGGGCGGGCACGGAUAGUGGGUAUCCAAUACCCGGCCGAGAAGUUAUUUGUGAAAAUCGGAACCCGCUCUAAAUAGGAGGAUGGAUAGUAAAUCCAUGACCAUGCCCAUGCCCGAACGGGUAUUACCCGAAAGACCACGGAUACCCGCCCAGAUCCCAACUCUUCUUUCUUCCCUUCUUAGUUCAUCAAACCAAAUAAUUCCAUAACAAAAUUAAACAAAUUACUCAAUAUGUUAAUUAACAUAACCCCAACUUUAACAUUUAAACCAUGUUCAAAGUGUAGAAUUUAGAAAUUAUAGAAACAAUUCCAACACAAAAAUCCAAAAAAAUCCAGUGGUUCCCAAAAAAAUUCCAAAAAGUUUCCAGUAACUUGCAGCAACAAAAUUUCUGCAGAUAUUAAGAUUUCCAAUAGCAAAAUUCCAGGAUCAAAAUUCCAAAAAAUCCCAGCAGAACUCUGGUAAAUCCUAAUUGAUUCUAGCAGAUAAUCAAACUUCUUCCAGCAGCAAAAAAUCUAGCAGCAAAAUUUCAAAAAAUUCCUGCAAAACUUCAGUAAAUCCCAGAUGAUUCUAGAUUAUCCCAACAGCUUGCAGCAGCAAAAUUCCAGCAUACAUGCAGAUUUCCAGUAGAUAGGUCCAUCAACAAAAUAAUAACAAAAUCACAACAGAUUUCCAGAAAUAAAUCAGAAGACUCCAGCAGCAUACUCCAGCAGAAUACAACACAUUACAUCACUAAAAAACAACCAUUCAUCAAUCUUCAAGCAAGUUAAAUGCAUAUUUGUCACUACGCAAUUGUUGAUCUACAUAUACAAUAUAUAUAUAUAUAUAUAUAUAUAUAUAUAUAUAUAUGGUGACUUCUACGGUGCCCAGAGCAAAAUCCGGGUACGGGUACCUUGGCCGAUCUUAACCAUUCGUUUUCAAUCUCCACGGCUCACGUUUGUUAAACCAUCCUGCGCCACUAAAUAACUAAACAAAUUACAAAAAGGCUCCUGCCGCGUUAAGUUUUUUUUCAUCCUAGUCCAACUAACUGGCCCGAUUAAAUUAAAUGGAUUAAGACUGCAAACCCAAUUGGGUAGACCCACUGCCGCCCUAACCAAUUUCCAGUCUCCCUAACCAAUUACACGAUCCCUCUCUCGUCUUGGAGGGACGCCCCUUCACAGUUCCAAGAGAAGCUCCCCAUCUAAUUUGAACUCCCCAACUUAAUCAUCUUUUUGAAUCCCAAUUACUUGCAUCCACAUUCGACGUAGAUUGAAUUUCCCAAUUUAUUUUGUCUUGUUUCUUCUUCGCCAUUUUAUUUCCCCUCGCCUAUCUCUUUCUAACACAAUUACGGCGACCAUGUCUAUUAUUGUGUUCAUCAAACUUUUCAUUUGCAAAAGAACCCUUGAAAGAGGUUUGCUAACCCUAGGGUUCAUGUCGCUAGUGCUUUGUCAUCUUGUCUUAGCGUUAUUGUGAUUUUCUCGAACCUUAUAUCUCUCGGUGAAAUUUAGGUUUCUUGAUAUGUAGUGUUCGUCUCGCCCAGAGGAUUGAGGAAGAAGAUGAAGAACACAUAAUUUGAUUAGAAUCGGAUGGAGAGGUCUCCUUAGUUUGUGUUUAUGUAUUAACGGUGCGUUUAGGAGUAAUUCUAGUUGGACUGGUCUGAUCAUUGAUUUUUGCAGGCUUUUAAAUAACAUUCAAACCUGGGCUUGUACAUGACCCAUGGAAUAUUCAAAAGUGGGCCUGGAACGUGCGAGCCCAUUUGUUUUCUCCUGCCGUAUCAAUUCGUGCGCCAACCCUAGUUUAACUAGCUUUACUUACCCUAGUUUAACGUACACGAGUUAACAUCAACAUUACUACAUAUCUUCCGAAAUCUUCUAACUCUUGACAUUCCAGACUCAACCGUCUCCAUCACACUCACGUCUCCACACUCAACCCCCACGAUCACUUUUUCUUACACCUACAUUCUCUCUUUCCUCCAUCUUCACCUUCCCUUAUUCCUUCUUCCUCUCCUCCAGACUCCAUGGCAAACAAAGGUAAAUCGUUUGCGGAAAUGGGGAUACUAUCUCUAUCAAACGAAGACUGCCGAUCCACCGCAAGUCUCGGUGACUAUCUUUCAUUUACAAGCAAGACAACAAUUGUGGCCGAGUACGAGUUCAUCCACCUAAGUCCUUUCCCUCAAGAAGUGAAGAAGUUAAUAAAAAAUCUUGGCUGGGAAAAUUUCUUUGAUCUCCGGAGUCGAGGAAGCACCAGUUACUACCCGCAUGUGGUGAGGAAGUUUUACAACAAUUUAGAGCUGUCUGGUCCCUGUGAUUCUCAUCUCGUGUCGAUCUUCCUGGGACAUAGAGUCUGCUUCCAGCCUCAUCAGUUUGCUGAGAUCCUCGAUCUCCCCGCCUCAGGACACCCCAUUGAUAGCAUAAGCGAUCUUGGGCGGCUGUAUGAUUUUGAGUUUGAAGUUGAACUGGCGAAGGGGUGCAUCCAGGCUUCUUUCCUCCCAGAUCCUUUUCGAUUCCUCCACUGGAUGAUCGUGAACUGCUUCAUGCCAAGGUACCAUGGUCAUUCGAUUAUUCGUAAACUUGACCUGUUUAUCCUUGUGCAAGCUCAAAGAGGUGUUCCUGUUAACCUCGCAUCUCUCAUGUGCCUGAACAUGGUUGUGGCUGCUCCUAGAGGGGAAAACUGGUACACUGCCUUUCCAUAUGCCACCUUCGUGACCACCUUUCUUGAAAGGGUUGGGAUGGAUAUGGGGGUUUAUGUUAAGGAGGACCAGUGUGCCUAUUUGCAGUGUACCGUAUCGCCGAAUUGACUAAUACUUUUAUUGACCUUCGGCAUACGGAGUAUGAAGAGACCCCUGAGGCAUCCUCAAGAAAACGUCCUCGGCUUACAUGAGAGUCGAUUGAUGCAGGGCGGGGUGGAGCAUUGGAGCAGCAAAGGGGCCAGCAAUGGAUGUCUUUUGUUAAGAAGUUUAAUAAGGCUUUGUUGGUUUUUUUUCCAGUCUUUUUCUCCAGCACUCAAAACUGUCAGGUACUGAGGGGAGCCAGUACAUCAUCUGACUAGGAAAGUCUCCCAUUUUUUUAAUUGUCCAGACAAAUAUUUUUCUAUGCAUGCAGUAUUUUGUGAAUUUGCCAUGGCUAAUUUUCCUAAGACAGGUGACGAGAUGCAGUAAUGGUCAUCUCCAAUGGUGCAAUUUUUGUGACUUGCAAGAUGAUGUGGCAUGGAGGUGCAAUUGCAUCCUACACUUGCUAUGAUGUGAGAAGCUAUUGCAAGGGUGCAAAUUUGCUUGCAAUUGAAAUUGGCCCACGAGUGGGGACUAUUGAUGAAAUUGCAAUGUUUUCUCAAAAUUAUAGAAGUGGAAGUAGGGACUACCUAUGAAAUUGCAAAUGAAUUUCAUUGGGGGAGAUUUUAAUCCGCUUUUGUUCUAAGCAGUUCCAAUUAGGUCGAAGAAUGUGUUACUUAUUUCAUCUUCAUUUUUCAAUGGUUUUCGAAAAUUAUGGUUAUAUUUAUAUUUGGUCACAAGUAUAGUGACGAUGAUAGGUGUGAAUAGUAUGGAUAUGGCUUGAUUAUAAUGAUUUUUUUAUAUAUGGUGAUUUUUCCCCUUUUUCAUCAAGACUCAUGCUUCUUUUAUUCCCCCUGUGAAUCUAUCAUGCUUCGUUUAUAGUAAAAUACCCUUUCAAUUAUACACAAUAAAGAAUCCAUUAAUUAUGUAUGCCUUUUUAUUGUAUUUAUUACUACAAUGAAUUCUCUCACUAAAAGGGGAGUGAAAACAUCGUUGGUGGAAAUUCAAGGAAUGGAAGCCUUUCCAUAUCCUAGGAACAUUAAAUUAAACACAUAAGAAUUUUCUAUCUGCCUUGUACGGGGUUUGGUCAUUAAUUAUAUUGAUUGGGAGCCAAUCAGUUUUACCUUUUGGGUUAUCUGUACAUGAAUGCAAAUUUAAUUAGACGAUUGGGAGCCAAUCAGUUUAACUAUACAUGAUCCCAAUUAACCCUCUCUACAAGAUACAAUGGCUUGAAGCCUUGAACAGAAGCAACAUCACUCACAAGUUGGAAGCUGGAAUUUUGGUGAAGUCCCUUUGCCAUUUCCACGAAAAAACAAACCAAACCAAACCAAUUAACCAAACCAAACCAAAUAUAGAAAGCAUUCCCAAUACCAAAAACCAAAUAUAGAAAGCAUUCACCAAACCAAAAACCAAAUAUAGAAAGCAUUCACUAAACCAAACCAAACCAAAAACCAAAUAUAAAAAGCAUUCACCAAACCAAAAACCAAAAAUAAAAAGCAUUCACCGAACAAACCAAAAACGGUUGUACAUCAUCCUGAGAAAAAAAAAACAUAACAGUUGUCCAUCAUCUUGAAAGCUAAAACGCAAAAUCAGGUUGUCCUUGGGCUCGUUGACUGGGUUUCCUUGUGCUCUUCUCUUUCCUUUUUCCCUCCUUUCAUGGGCUUUCUUGUACUCUUCCACUGCAGCUUCAACUUGAGGUGCAACUGUUCUUGCUUCCGUGAGCACCAUAUGCCUUAUGUAGUUCAUGGGCUCUCGAACAAGGUACAAAGCGAUCUGCAUCCUCCUCACUUGAGUGCAUGGCUAUCAACAUCAACAAACAUGGUGCUUAACGCAUGAUUCAAAAAUAACAAUUAAUUGUGGUUUUCUAAUAUGCGAAUUAGAAUUGUCUUUACCCAAAUAUAAGAGGAGUCCCAGCUUGCGCCAUACAUCCACAUGCAUACCCAGACUCCACUGUCAGACCUACAUAAAAUAAAAGCAUUGCGUGAUAAGAACCAAGUUGAUAAGUCGUCGUUUAAUAUCACAAAAAAUGGGCAUACUUACCGAUGAAGUUGUUCUUGAUCCUUUGAAGGAUUUGGGUACGAAAACUCCGCAAUCCUUGGUGGCGACAAUCCCGGACCUUGUUCACGAUAGAUAAUCUUCCAUAAGGCUUGCAUAAAUCUCAUCUGUACAAAUUAAGAAACGUUUGUACUUAGAAAGAGGUAUUUACAUUUUUUUGCGUUAUAACGACACAAUGUCACAAAUUUACCAUUGUUUGAACAGAUUGUAGUCGAAAGGAAUUGCGGUCUUCAUUUGGUUGUGGAUCCAAGAUAUGGACUUCUUCCUUGUCCAACUUAAUGACAGCCAAGUACCAAUGGGCAUUAUCUCUCAUCGGAACACACACCUACAUAUGCGGAAAUUGUCAACACGUAUUAAAAAAAUAAACUGCAAACCAUGUAAUACUUAUUAAGACGAACAGUUUACCUUGUUCACCAUAUUGGUUCGACUAAGGAAUUUUGAUUCGUAUAGGUCUAAUGCCCUCUUGGGUGUUAUUCCACAUGAAAUCACUAGUUCCUGCCCAUGUGGUAGUUGCACAAUUGAAAUUUUGUCAACACAAUAUGAUUCACGUUAAAAAAACAUGUGUUGUAUUUUUUUUUGGUGAGAGGAAAUUGUCAUUAAGCAUAAUCUGACCAUAACCUAUAGUUCAGCAGGCAGAUAGCACACUCCUUUUCCGCCCUUAGAAUUUGUACACAACUCUUCUAGAGUCAAGUGGCAGGCCAUCGCUGUUAUAACCUAAUAUAACAUGGACAAAAAACACUUCAUGAUACUAUCGAGUUGUUAUAAAAUAAUUCUACGUAGAAAGCAUUGAUAGUGGACAAACAAAACAAAAUUUUGGAGUUCCGUUGAUUACUUCAGCAUCUACGAAUGAGCGAGGGCUUAAGGACCACAAUGACUUCCUGGUAGAAGAGUUGUUUGAGGUUUUGACCAAUACUUCGUCAGGUGGCAGAUUGGCUAAAAAUAUAUAGUGAGCAAGCUGGAUUUGCUCAUCAUCGUAUUCCAUAGCGGUAGGUAGCUUAAACUUCAAAAAAACCUGGAAUAGGGGCCACAAAUAAACACGAGUCGAAAUGCAUUCGUUAUGAUGGAAUAACGACAAAGAACACUUCAAUGGCAAACAUGACACCUUUAUUACCUUGUCAACAUAACUUAGACAAAUACUUUUUCCAUUUGGCUUCUUUGGUGUGACCUCAGAGUCAGAUUCAUCGUCCGAAAUAAAAACGAUGACUGAAGCAGGAGUGGGUGGAGUGCUUACACCUCUGGGUAUCCUUGGUUUCUUUGUUGGAGUCACAAAUUUGGCGGUCUCCUUCAAUGACAGUGAACCUACGAUUAAUAAAUUAACUAAAAUGAA